GUAAAACCUCCGCGACGAGCGCGCUUUGGCGGAGGACUUGAUGCCGUCCUUGUGGAGACGCGGCUGUCCGACUCUCCGACUCUCCGACUGUCCGUGUCUGUUAAGACUCUGUAGCUCGUCUUUAACCGCGUGUCCGCUCUGUGGGCUGUGGACGCGCAGCCUCGCAGCGCCGGGGAAGCUCGAUCUUCUUGUUCCGGCUGAUUAAUCAGUGUAAUACACCGUCACACGGACUUAAAGGAGAAUCCCGCCGAUAUUUGAAAACGUAGGCAUAACGCAACGAUUAAGGUGUAAACAAAGUGGGUCAGAGCGGUUCGGUGUGAGGGGCACGGUUUUAGACAAACAUGCAGAGUCAGAAUUGUUCACAGUGGUGGUGAUAGGAACCAGACGUCUGAAGAGCGUCUGAAUGCUGCCUCACAGGAAGCUAUGACGCAGAAAUGAUAACAAACCUGCAGCCUGUCGCCCGAUGCGCUGUUUUAUGAUCGUUAUAUGACAACAUCAUAUAAAAUCCUCCUCUAGUCACAGAGGUACAGGCACAGUGCUGUGAGUCAAAAUAUUCCCCACAAAUAAGAAAACGUAUUUUUUCAGAUUUAUGACUAUUUUAUCAUCUUCAACGUUACAAAUAAACGCUCAGAAGACGUGUGUCGGUUCACUGGUCAUUUGGGAUAGUAAAUAAAGUGGCUAUAUCUGUGUUGUAGAUAUCACUGCCCCUGGUUCCCACCACCACCACUGUGAAGAAACCUGAGGUUGUAAGUGUUUCCGUGAAGAAUUUCACAUCAAACCGCUUUGGAUGACCUCAUUUACAGCUCCGUGAUGGAAUUAUACAAUGUCGUUAAUAACGAUGUCUCGCGUUCUUCUGAAUUUCCCGUUUCAUUUUGAUUGUUUUUACUAACCUAAUAACUUCACAGAGAGUCCACCAGCUAGAGAAGGCGAUGGCGUCCGGUUUCCUGAAAUUCUCGGUGCUGGUGCAGAAGUACCGGACCCCUCUCCUCCUCACUGGCUGCGGUGGCGUCUUUGCUGCCAACAUUUUCUACCACGUCUUUCCUGAAAACACUUACAGGAAACUGUACCAGGCCUGGAGCAAGGGAGAGCCGGCCGUGCUGUCAGACGCGCUGGAGGAUGUGUUUCAGCAGGUGCUGAAGGACUCGUCUGUGGGCGCCCCCGGCAAAUACAGCGCUUUCGCCGCCUACGGUUUCCAUCCUGUCGGGGCAGGGGUCCCGUGGCUCCCCUCGGGCGCACAGAUCGGCAUCCCCGCCAACUUCAACGGCACGGCGGACGACCCGUCGGGAAUCACUAACCGAACCAUCCUCAUCAACGGCAAGGAGGUGGAGUGGGACAGCGAGGUGGGCACGGCUCUGAAAGACGCCCUGCUGUUGUCCCGGGAUGCUCAGAAGUUCGCCGUGGCGCGCGAGGUGACUCGCCUGGACUGUGGAGGGCCACUGCUGCAGGCUGCUGUCGCUCCAGCCUGUCUGGCCGGGACCUGGAUCUACAGUGUGGCCCUCAAACAGAUCUUUGGUCUCCUCGCUGGUUCCCUCAUCUUCAGAGCUGGAGUUAAUGUGGUUGCUGUGAGUCUGGGAGCCGUGUCAUACUUUUUAUCCUCGGAUGCCGUCAGCCAGUGGCUGGAGUAUCGCUCGGACAAGCGGGCUGCCAGCCUGUCCCGCGAUUACGCUAAAGGUGGAGUGGAGUUCUAUGAGAAAAUCCUGUCUAGGAACAAAAUCCUGCGAGUUCUGAUGGGUCCUAAAGGGGAGGAGAUGUACGCGCCCAGCGGAAAUCUGUUCCCAGCCAAUCUGCUCAGUCUCAAACAUGCACCGUACACGUCAAGACGAGACGGAAUUCUGAAUUUGCUGAAGGAGGAGAAGGCAUGAAGGACGUGUUUGGAGGCGGCCUUAAAUGACUUACCUAAAGGACUGUGAUUUAGGUUCAUUUUGAGUGUUUGCAGCAUUUAAGCACUUCCAUUUGUCAGUUACCGUGGACAAUCCAAACCAAUUGACACCCAGCACUCUUAUAGACCACUGUAGUCGUGCGCCAUCCAGCGGUCUGUGUUAUGCCCAUAUUUGGAACUCCAGGCCUAAGCUUGAAUUUUCUAUGGCAAAUAGAAUGAAUGGGAUUUUUGACAUUUUAUGCCCUGUAAAUAAAAAUGUUCACCCCCUGAUA